ACGCGGCAGUACAGGUCUGACGCGUGUGGUGGAGGGCGGCGAAUGAAGAGGAUGGGGAGACUUCUCUCGGAAGAGAAGGUUUGGGAGGAGAGGGAGAAAUUUGCAAUUUUACCAUCAUCAGAGUUGGGUUUCGUUGGAAUGCCAUCCCACGAAUGGGUUUCGCCAGAUUGCCACUAUGAAAUGGUGUCCACCCGCUCAAAUGCCUUUCCUUCCCCUAAAGGCCUGAACCCUGACCCCCUUCUUCCCAAGUUCGCUCUCUUCCUGCCACGCAUCCACGCAGGUGAUUGACGGCCCGUGCCCCUCCUUGCCCCUUCCCUACCGGCGGACGGCCUGCGCCGCCAUGGGAGAGGACGCCAGUGCAUCCCACUUCGGCACUUCCCCUACUUGUUGCACAUCCUCGUCUGCGCUAGCUACUGACUGGUAGCGGGUCCAGAUCACGGUGACAUACAUCUCGCACACUUGCAGUCACCUGAGCAGGAACAGCCCAGAUCAGAUCUUGCAUCGAAACAUCAAUGGCAACUGAAGACGAUUCUAGCUUCAAUUUCAUGGGUGCGAUGGGAUUAUGUCAAGGUGAUAUGGAUUGUUCCAAAGCACCAGAAACAAGUAUGCCACCUUCUGGAUCUAUGAAUGAGCCUGAGUGGGGUGAUGGCUUAAAGCCAUGUAUUGGCAUGACAUUUGACAGCUGGGAGGACGGUGAAGAGUUCUAUAAAGCAUAUGCUGAACGUGUUGGCUUUUCCGUUCGCACAUGGACACAGCUGAAAGGUGGCGAUGGUGCAUUGUUGUGGAAGCGUUAUGUUUGUACAAGGGAGGGUUUCAGGAAGGGGAAUAAGCGGGUGAUCACAGGAGCAAACAAGCCGAAAAGGAAUAGGAAGCUCACUAGAUGUGGUUGUGAGGCUAUGAUAGGAUUCAAGAGAAAUGCUGAUGGCAAAUAUGAGGUCGCACGUUUUGUUGAAUCCCACACGCAUGAACUCCUUUCUGCUAGUCAAAGACAACUCAUCAAAUCAAGUAGGGAAGGGUUGAAUUAUGUGCCUGACUGUGAUGAUAUAUUAAAGCCCUUAAGUGGCAUGACAUUUAAUAGCUGGGAAGAAGGUGAAAAACUCUAUAAAGUGUAUGCUGAUCACGUUGGGUUUUCUGUCCGCACAUCAACACAGAGUAAAGAUUGUGGUGGUGUAGCAUUGUGGAAGCGUUAUGUUUGUACAAGAGAAGGUUUCAGGAAGGGAAAACAAUUGGAGGUGACUGGAGAAAACAAGCGUAAAAGGAAUAGGAAGCUUACCAGGUGUGGUUGUGAGGCUAUGAUUGCAUUCAAGAGAAAAGCCAACGGAACAUAUGAAGUUGCCCGGUUCAUUGAAGCACACAGACAUGAACUUGUUCGUCCUAGUAAGAAACGGUCUGAGAAGUCCAAUAGAGAAGUAAGUAGUGAAAUGAAGGGCACAUUACUUGGCACGCCUGAAAUAUUUAAUUUGCUUAAUUCAGAGAAGGGUGAACAACGAAACAUUGGCUGUACGAAUGUUGAUUUGCAGAAUCAGCGUUGCGGUAUUCAAAAAGCAAUCAAAGAAUCAGAUUGUCAGGUUUUUAUCAAUAUCAUGAAAAAGAAGCAAAGCUUCAAUUCAGAAUUCUUCUUUGAUUACCAACUAGAUGAGAAGGGCAUGGUAAAGCAUAUUUUCUGGGCAGAUGGAUCGUGCAGAAAGAACUACACGUUGUUUGGUGAUGUUAUUUCUUUUUAUUCUACAUGUGACACCAAUCAGCAUGGCCCAAUAAUUACCCUGUUCACUGGAGUUAACCAUCACAACACUUGUGUUACAUUUGGUGCUGGAUAUCUAGCAGAUAACAGAAUUCAGUCAUGCACGUGGUUAUGUCAAGCUUUUCUCAAGGCAAUGGGUGGGGUUGCACCUAAAGUUGUUAUAACCAAUGAGGACCCUAGCAUGGAAUGUGCAAUAAGAGAUGUCUUUCAAACAACUAAACAUAGACUUUGUACCUGGAAAAUUCUUAUGAAACUCUCAGAUAAAGUUGGCCCUAUGUUAAACAGCAAUACGCAGUUUAGUAAUAGAAUUAGGGCAUGUGUUUUGGGUUCAGAAACUCCAGAGGAGUUUGAGUUGAAGUGGUCUUCAAUAAUUUCCGAAUUUGGUUUAGAAAAUAAUGCUUGGCUGACUGAGAAGUAUAACAUGCGUCAAACUUGGAUACCUGCUUACUUUCAUGAUCUGUCCCUUGGUAGAAUACUGCAGACCACAUCAAGACUUGAGAGUGAGAAUGCAUUCUUUGGUCAUUUUAACAAUCAACAACCUGUUUUGCUGGAGUUCUGGGUAAGAUUUCAAACUGCUGUAGAGGAACAACAGCGCACAGAGUUGUGCAAUGACAAUGCCACCCUUUGUAUGCUGCCUAUGCUGCAGAGCCCUUGGAGCAUUGAGAGUCAUGGCAGAGAAGUUUAUACUAAUGAAAUAUUUAAACUCUUCCAAGAUGAGGUGAUUGCUGCUAGGGAUAGCUGUGAUGUCAAAAGUAUGGCACAGCUUGGUGAAAUUCGGAUCACAGGCAUUAGUGAUGAUAGUGGAAAGAUUAAAACAGUUCAGUACAAUACCUGUACCAAGAUUGCACAAUGUUCUUGUAGAUUGUUCGAAUCUGUUGGUAUUCCUUGUUCUCAUAUCAUUGUUGUCCUGAAGGGGGAAAAGUGUAAUGAAAUCCCUAGCCAUUAUAUAAUGCAGAGGUGGACUAAAAUGGCUACAUGGAUAAACAUCUUUGGUUCCAACAUGCAUAUGCUUGAAGGGUCACGGACAUCCCUUCCACCUACUAUUACAAGGCUGUAUUCGGAAUCCUGUUCAAAAUUUAAUAGUGGCAUAGAUGUUGCCAAACAAUGUGAGAAGAAAAUGAGAUACUUGCACAAGGCUAUUUCUGAUGCCGUUGAUCAUGUAAUGCAAAUGGGACCAAUCAGUGAGUAUAAUGGACGGCAAGUUUGAUACUCUAUCCAUCCACUACAUGAAGUGCACCAGUUGGGAAGUGACAAAAGAAUGAAGGUGCUUUGGAGCAGGCAAAAGGAUGAAAGGGAACAGGACUACCUCAAAUAAUUAGGUAGAUAAGCAGCGGAGAACUCAGAAGGUCUGUAGUAUUUGCUCAUCUUUGGUUUUGAAUCUUUUUGGUUAAGCCACUUGUGUCUUGCUCCAUUGUCCGAGGGGGGAGGGCCUUGAGCCCCGUCCGUCCCACUGCUAGAUCCGUCCUGGUAGCGAACAUUCAGCUGACCCAAGGUUGGUUCCAACUAUUCACUGAACAGGGAGAAGGACACCCCAAUUUUACCAUCUCUGCAAACCAAGUAUGCAAUUCCACCAAAAUCAUCGAAAAUUUUCUGUUUCAGCUUCA